CCACCAUACGUCAAUGUCAGUGGGGCUAAAUAUCAAACUCAAACAAAUGAAAGAAUAUAUAAAUUUGAAUCGAAUGAAAUCUAAAAUCUUAUGAAUCUGCAUUAUUAAAUUGUAAACACUAUGAACUUUCAAAAAUAAUAGCCGAGAUACGAUAGUAAAGAAAGAUGAAUUUGGGCGACCCCGAACUGGAACUGAUUGAUCCUACCCCGAAUGUUCACACUCUGUUCCUACAUUUCGAUAAAUUGUUUUUUUGGACCAAGCUGGCGAACAGGGCAGUGGUGCGAUGGAGCAAACGGAUGUACUCCUGUGCAGGGAUUUGCAGCUAUGAAGGCAGAGGUGGGUUGUGUGAUAUAGCUCUGAGCGAGCCGUUAUUAAAACUAAGACCUCGGAAGAACCUAGUCGAGACAUUACUUCACGAGAUGAUUCAUGCAUACCUCUUCAUCACAUGCCAAGAUCGAGAAAGAGAUGGCCACGGACCCAACUUCAAGGCACAUAUGCACAGGAUAAAUAGAUCAGCAGGUCUGAAUAUCACCAUAUAUCAUGAUUUUCAUGAUGAGGUUGAACUAUAUCUGACUCAUUGGUGGAGAUGUAAUGGACCAUGUCAGAAAAAGAAGCCAUACUUUGGUGUUGUGCGUCGCUCAGUGAAUAAAGCUCCUGGUACCGCUGAUCAUUGGUGGAACUACCAUCAAAAAUAUUGUGGAGGUACAUUCGUAAAAAUUAAAGAACCAGAAAAAACUAAUAAAAAACGAACUAUUGUAAAACCUAAGGAAAAUAUAACUAAAUAUAUAAACAAUAACAAUAAUACUAAAGAUAAAAAUAUCAAAACAAUUAAUGAUAUCCAUAAUGUCAGAAAGCCACUUACGCCAAUACUUAAAAACCCGUCAAAUGUGCCUGUUGUUAAAUCAAAUGGUGGCAAAACGAUUGUUAUCAGUCCAAUUAUUCAGAAAGGAGUUACCUUUGAGCCUAAUAAAGAUACUAAACCAACCGUUCCACCAAUCACCAUACAAACUUUAAGUGGUAUACGGCAGAGAUCGAAUUCUGUAGAUGUAGUUGUUGAAACAGUAAGAGAUGUUUGGACAAAGAAAUAUGCAAACACAAAUAGUAAAGGACUAUCUAGAAAUAAUAGUACGAUUGGAGCAAACAUUGAAUCAAAAGCAAACAAACACAAAACUAAUCCUGUUCAUUCAGACUCUCCUGUAAGUAAGAUUAGAAAAAUAGACGAUUAUUUCAAAAAGGCUGCCACAUCUGUUCUAAAAGAUUUGUAUGGAGCAGAUAUCAAAAUAGCUGAGACUAAUAAUAGUGAAAAAAAUUUAAUUGCUGUACCUGUUAAGUCUAGUUUAGUUCCUUGUCCUGUAUGUAAUGCUAAAAUAGAUGAAAGAUACAUAAAUAAGCAUUUAGAUGAAUGUCUGAAUAAGGAAGUGAUUGAAAAGUUGAGUAAAGAAGUUGAGAAUGGAGACGUAAAUCCUGUGAUAUCUAGUCAACCUCACAAUAAGACUGUUAGUGAAAUCAAAUCAUCAAAUUUUGUAAUACCACCAUUUAAGCCCAAGUUGGAAAAGCAUAUACCCAAACAGGAGACUAAAAAUGCUUUUUCUAGUUCUAAUGUAUCUAUAGACUUGACAAACAUAGCUUUCGGUAAUUUAUCACAUGUUAAGAACGAAGCUAUUGUUAAAAAAGAGCCAAAGGAAGAAACAAAUUUGACAUUUGAUCCAGCUGAUAUUAACAAAGUGAAAUCUAUUGUCAAGAAAAUCCAAUUCGAUAAACACGUACGGAGAUCGGGCGAUUUCCUUAUACCUGAAGAAGCACCAGUCAUUACAGAUGUUGGUUAUCUCCCUUCAUUUUUAGAUGAAAAAGCUACCGAAAUAGUAUUGCCGCCCGUAAAGACUGAACCAGGGACAAGUAAAGAUGUAUUCAGCGUUCUCAAAUGUCCGUGUUGUGAUAGUGAAGUUAAGAAACCGAUGGCAGAGCAUUUAGACGAAUGCCUUUCAUUCUUUGACAAUAACACAACAGUGCCCGAAGAAGGAGCAUCUACAAGUUUCGCGAAUAACACGAUAGUCAUAGAUGAUCAUGACGAUAUUUUCGACGAGACUCAGACUAUGAAUGCUACGGGCACGAAAACUCCGUGCCCGUGUUGUCUAGAAAUGGUUGAAUCUGAGGAUAUGAACAAUCAUCUCGAUACUUGUUUGAGCUAACGGAACUUAGUAGUGGUUCUAUGGCUUUUAUCUUUGGAAAUGAACCUUUCGCUCCUCCCUGUUAUUAUUUUUCACAUGGCUUACGAAUAGAUUUAUGUAACUUACGAAUUUAGAUAUCAAUAAUAUUAAUUAGGUUAUUUAAUAAUGAUAUUUAUUGUAAUUUCGAAUUUGCUAUACUUUGUAAUAAUAUUGUGAUAUUAAAAUAAAUAAUUCUGACUACAA